GGUUUUACACCAUGGAGCGGAACUAUGGGGAGGGGGAGACCAUGGUUCAGUAUCUCCAGAGGGUGGAUGAGAAUGUGAGGGCUUUGGAGGAGCUAGAUUACACGGUAGAUGAGAAGGAGAUCAUCUAUACUGCACUCCAAGGGUUGGAUCAAGCGGCUAAUGAGGCAUUACUACAGUACCUUCACCUCGAGCAACAGAAAUGGACCAAGGUGUGGAUUUGGGAGGUUUUAAUUUCUGAUGAGGCUCGCAAGGUUGAUGCUGGAAGAGGCCUAGAAGGAGGCAUGGGGGCAGCAGAUAAAGCUUCCUUCAGGAAAGGCUAUCAACAGCAAGGAGCUUAACCUGUGGCCACACCCCCAGCAGCCG